GCCGGCGGGGGAAGGGGCCGUGGGCCGGAGCGGCCGGGAACGAGCUGCGGGCCCCAAGCCCUCCUCAGCGUGCUCAGGUGUCCCCAUGCAGGCCGUGUCACCAAGCUGUGCGGAGUCGAACUCCGCAGGCGAAGUCAGUCUUUCUUCCAGCCCAGUCGGGGACACAUGCUCCCACCUAUCCAUAUCAAACCUCCUAGGAGGUUCUAGUGAUGCUGGGCAGUGGGGAUGUAGUCCUGAGAAAGUGGCUCUAGGGUGAGUGGCGAGAGAAAAAGACCCAAACCCAAACCCUCAGUGCCUCACACCGGCGUCUGCCUGCCUCACACGACACUAAGGAUGGCCCAGGCCCUCUGCAGUCCGAUUCCGAGAAAGCUGAUGUCUACGGCUCCAGUCUUUAAGGAUGUUGCUGGGAGGUCGUUUGGUGCUCUGCUGGUCAGCGUAGGCGUCUGUCCAAGGCUUCUAUCCCUCUGUCCAUCCUCACUCCGGUCUUUGCACCUCCCACUGCCAAGUCCCACCCGCACACCUGCAAACCUGUGUCCCUCACAUACUUCAGUUUCCAGCUUGGUCGUCUCCUUACCAAGUAGCUGAGUGGUCUCAGUGGUCUGGGUGGUUCCAGCCAUGCAGCUACGUUUUUGUGGCUUUCAGAGUCAGGUCAGGGUCUUUUCUGCCAUUUGACCCUCAGCAGCCUUCCUUGUCAUGACAACACCGACAUACCAUUCCAUUUCAUGUCUUAGAAACUUGUGUUCUUUUUCUGCUCAGAGCCUUUCACAUCUCUACCCAGCCCACUCCCCCAGGCUUUCUCUCUGUAGCCCUGGCUGUCCUGGACCUACCUCGGUAGACUUCGAACUCAGAGAUCUGCCUGCCUCUGCUUCCUGAGUGCUGGGAUUAAAGGUGUGCCCAGCUUCCCUUCACACUUCUGCUCUCUGCCUGGAAGGCUUCCCUCAGUAGUUCUCCACCUGUGGCUCCAGACCCUGGGGACCCUGGGAUCUCAUUUCAGAUAUUUACAUUGUGAUUUAUAACAGUAAUGAAUUAUCGUUGUGAAGUCUCAACGGAAAUAACUUUCUGGUUUGGGGUCACCACCAUCUGGGCUGGGAAGGUUGAGAACCAUGUGUCUAGAUGUCUCAGUCUGCUCUGGCUUUUUUUCUCUCCACAACAGGAGGGUUCAUUCUGGAACCCUCCUGCUGCCUCCAAUUCCCGUCCUGAGUCCCUCCAGGCUACCACUGUACAGGACAACAGUUUUCUGAUGUCUGCCAUUGGCAUGAGGCAUUUUAAAUAGAUCCAGGUUUGGGAGGCAGCACCUCGGUGUCCAGGUUGGAAGGUGGCAUGUACUGCGUGGUGACCAGGAGAGACUUAGCUCAUGUAUUAACUGCUCUGUAAGGCAGAACUAGAACGAUGCCUCACUCGGUAAGAAGCUUGUUGGUAUCCAAUUCUGUAUCAGUUUUGUGUUUUGUUUUGAAACUGGAUCUUGGAUACAUUUGAACUUCUGACGGUCCUGUCGCUGUUUGCAUUGUUUAUGCACAUUCAUAUGUGUGCGUGUGUACAUGUUCUUGUGCGGGUACUUGUUCACAUGCACGUGUGUGGGGCCAGAGAGCAACUUUGUGGGCUGUUACUCCAAUUGUCCACCUUGCUUAGAGACGGGAUCUUACAUAGGUAUGGAAUUCACUGGCUAGACUAUACUGGCCAUUAUUACACUCCCCAUCCCCCAUGUCCCACCCCCAUGUGUGUGUCUACACUCUUGCAAGUGUAGUAUAUGUGUGUAGGUACAAGCAUGUGUUAGUAGGCCAGAGGUUAAUGUAUAUCAAGUGUCUGUCAUUCCUUGGGAGCUGUCCACCUUGUUUUUGGAAACCGUUCUCUUACUGGAACAUAGGACUUACCACCAAGUAGGGUCAGCUGACCAGUCAGCUUCUGCAGCUAUGUCAGUUUCUGCCUUCUCAGACAUUUUGGAGAUGUGGAGACAUGGUUCUGUGUCAACCCUGGCUGACUCUGACAUCUGCCUGACACCUCUACCUCCCAAGUGCUGGAAUUAAAGGGACCCAUUGUGCUGGGCCGCAAGCACAAAGCCUUGCAGAAGAACCGCAGUGCUGACUUCAACCCUGACUUUGUUUUCACUGAGAAGGAGGGCAUGUACGAUGGCAGCUGGGUCCUGGCUGAUGUCAUGAGUCAGCUCAAGAAGAAGAGGGCAGCCACUACACUAGAUGAGAAGAUUGAGAAAGUCCGGAAGAGAAGGAAGGCAGAGGACAAGGAAGCCAAGUCUGGGAAGGUGGAGGAGAAAGAAGACCAGGCAGACUCUGACCUGAAGGGACAGGAGAAUGCGGGUGAGGAUGAGGCAGGCUCCAAGGAUGAAGACUCUGAGACUGACUACUCCUCUGAGGAUGAGGGAAUCCUCACCAAAGCAGACACACUCAAAGUGAAGGAGAAGAAGAAGAAGAAGAAGGGCCAGGCAGCAGGAGGAUUCUUUGAAGAUGCAUCUGAGUAUGACAAAAGCCUGUCCUUCCAGGACAUGAACCUCUCCCGGCCCCUCCUGAAGGCCAUUACAGCCAUGGGCUUCAAGCAGCCCACGCCAAUCCAGAAGGCGUGUAUCCCUGUGGGUCUGCUGGGGAAGGACAUCUGCGCCUGUGCAGCCACUGGGACAGGCAAAACUGCAGCCUUUGCACUGCCUGUCUUGGAGCGUCUGAUCUACAAGCCCCGCCAGGCUGCAGUCACUCGCGUGCUGGUGCUGGUCCCCACGAGAGAGCUGGGCAUCCAAGUGCACUCUGUCACCAAGCAGCUGGCCCAGUUCUGUAGCAUCACUACCUGCCUGGCUGUGGGUGGCCUGGAUGUGAAGUCUCAGGAAGCCGCUCUUCGGGCAGCACCAGACAUCCUCAUUGCCACACCUGGCCGGCUCAUCGACCACCUCCAUAACUGCCCCUCCUUCCACCUGAGCAGCAUUGAAGUGCUCAUCUUGGAUGAGGCUGACAGGAUGCUGGAUGAGUAUUUCGAGGAGCAGAUGAAGGAGAUUAUCCGAAUGUGUUCCCACCACCGCCAAACCAUGCUCUUCUCGGCCACCAUGACAGAUGAGGUGAAAGAUCUGGCUUCAGUCUCCUUAAAGAAUCCUGUGCGGAUAUUUGUGAACAGCAACACAGAUGUCGCUCCCUUCCUGCGGCAAGAGUUCAUACGGAUCCGGCCUAAUAGGGAAGGGGACCGGGAGGCCAUUGUGGCAGCUCUGCUGAUGAGAACCUUCACUGACCACGUGAUGCUCUUCACCCAGACCAAGAAGCAGGCCCAUCGCAUGCACAUCCUCCUGGGGCUGCUGGGGCUGCAGGUGGGCGAGCUCCAUGGCAACUUGUCACAGACCCAGCGCCUGGAGGCCCUCCGGCGCUUUAAGGACGAACAGAUUGACAUCCUUGUGGCCACAGAUGUGGCAGCCCGCGGUCUUGACAUUGAAGGAGUGAAAACAGUGAUCAACUUCACCAUGCCCAACACUGUCAAACACUAUGUGCAUCGGGUGGGACGGACGGCCCGUGCUGGCAGGGCUGGGCGCUCUGUCUCCCUGGUGGGGGAGGAGGAACGGAAGAUGCUGAAGGAGAUCGUGAAGGCCGCCAAGGCGCCGGUGAAGGCUCGGAUCCUUCCCCAGGAUGUUAUCCUCAAGUUCCGGGACAAGAUUGAGAAAUUGGAGAAAGAUGUGUAUGCAGUGCUGCAGCUGGAGGCGGAGGAAAAAGAGAUGCAGCAGUCGGAAGCCCAGAUCGACACAGCACAGCGACUCUUAGCCAAAGGGAAAGAGACAGCAGACCAGGAGCCUGAGAGGAGCUGGUUCCAGACCAAAGAAGAGAGGAAGAAGGAGAAGAUUGCUAAGGCUCUACAGGAGUUUGACUUGGCCUUAAGAGGAAAGAAGAAAAGGAAGAAGUUUAUGAAGGAUGCCAAGAAAAAGGGGGAGAUGACGGCAGAGGAGAGGUCCCAGUUUGAAAUCCUCAAGGCACAGAUGUUUGCAGAGCGGCUGGCCAAGAGGAAUCGCAGAACCAAGCGAGCACGGGCAAUGCCUGAAGACGAGCCUACAGGCCCUGCUAAAAAGCAGAAGCAGCAGCAGAAGUCUGUGUUUGAUGAAGAACUCACCAACACAAGCAAGAAGGCCCUGAAACAGUAUCGGGCUGGCCCUUCCUUUGAAGAGAGGAAACAGUCAGGUGUGGCCCGCCAGAGGAGAGGGAACUUCAAAUCUAAGUCCAGGUACAAGAGAAAGAAGUAGUCUCAGUGGUGUGAAGAAGUUGGUGGGACAAUUUUAUAUCCCUUCCCUGUGGGAAGUCAUCUUGUCUUGGUCUGGUUUUUUUCCAUUUAUAAAACCCCAAACCUGGGGCUGGAAAGAUGGCUCGGUGUUUAAGAGCACUGACUGCUCUUCCAGAGGUCCUGAGUUCAAUUCUCAGCGAUCACAUGGUGGCUCACAACCAUCUGUAAUGGGAUCCGAUGCCCUCUUCUAAUGGGUCUGAAGACAGCUACAGUGUACUCACAUACAUAAAAUAAAUAAAAUCUUUAAGAACAGCA